AUGUUUAGAAGGCAGAAAAAUAUGAUUUCCAACUGAAUCACAUUUAAAACAGGUCCCCCUCAUCCUGUCACUACACUUCCUGAUUAAGAUGCCCUCCCCGUCUUUCCUGUGGGCCCCGUAUAAGUACUGGAAGGCUGCUGUUUUCCAAUGAAGAGCCCGGUUUACGAGCCACUCGGCUGAAUUAAUAUGCAAGGCUUGCUGGAACUAAGGAUACCCACUGCCUGCCCAGAAGAGUACUUGGAGGAAUGGGCCUUGAUCUCCCUCUUGUGGAAAAUUAUCGGAACUGAAUUCUUGUGAUACUAAAGAAGAGAAGUCCAGCAUCAACAAACAAAUGAUGGCAGCAGUUACCGUGCCACCUGAUGCUCUUGGCCCUCAAGUAAAUGAAGAGAUGGACUCCCUGAUUGUACUGCAUUAUAAUUACACAGGAAAGCUUAGUUUAAGGGAAAAGGCAAGUGAUAACACUAUUGCAUUUCUGAUCCUAUGUAGUUUCAUAGUCCUGGAAAACUUGAUGGUGUUGAUUGCCAUAUGGAAAAACAAUAAAUUUCACAACCGCAUGUACUUUUUUAUUGGCAAUCUAGCUCUCUGUGAUCUUUUAGCUGGGAUUGUUUACAAAGUAAACAUUCUUAUGUCUGGGAAGAAAACUCUGAGCCUGUCCCCCACAAUCUGGUUCAUUAGGGAAGGCAGCAUGUUUGUAGCCCUGGGAGCCUCCACUUUCAGCUUACUAGCGAUAGCUAUUGAGCGGCAUUUAACCAUGAUUAAAAUGAGGCCUUAUGAUGCAAAUAAAAAAUACAGAGUGUUCCUUCUCAUUGGUACCUGCUGGCUUAUUUCAGUUUCCUUGGGUGCCUUACCCAUCCUGGGCUGGAACUGUAUAAGCAACUUACCUGAUUGCUCAACAAUUUUGCCACUGUACUCCAAGAAGUAUGUUGUAUUCUGCAUCAGUAUCUUCAUAGCCAUUUUGGUUGCUAUUGUCAUCCUUUAUGCCCGUAUCUACAUCCUGGUAAAGUCCAGCAGUCGUAAUGUCACUAACCACAGUAACUCAGAGCGGUCCAUGGCUCUCCUGAGGACUGUUGUGAUCGUUGUUACUGUCUUCAUUGCCUGUUGGUCUCCACUGUUCAUCCUUUUCCUCAUUGAUGUGGCCUGCAACGUCAAGGAGUGCUAUAUCUUGUACAAAGCCAACUGGUUUAUUGCUCUGGCAGUCAUCAAUUCUGCAAUGAACCCCAUCAUCUACACGCUGGCCAGUAAGGAAAUGCGUCGGGCUUUCUUUCGCCUUGUUUGUGGCUGCCUGGUGAAAUCCAAGGUGGCCAGAUCUUUGCCUAUUCAGCCCACACCAGAUCACAGUCGAAGUAAAUCCAGUAGCAGCAAUACCCAGAAGCCAAAGGAAGAUUUCUCACAGAUGAAUAUUCCCUCAUGUACCGCUGAGAAAAGUGAAUCUUCAUUUCACAACGGAAACUUCUGUAAGUAAAGGACUCCUCAAGUCAAGUACCUUUCUGUGGCUUUUAGGUUUAAACUACAAGUGUAGUUUAAAUAUUUAUGCUCUUAACUCACAGGGGAAAACACUAACUGCUUACUUUACUUUGAAGACUGAUUUAUCACCAAUCAUUUGCUUUGGGUGUUCAUUCAGUUACACACCUGAUUUGGAAAAAACCUUUCAUGCUAACCAACAGCCAAUACGGAGUCCAUGCACAUCAAUGACACUGCACCACAGUGGCAUUGCAUGAUGAGGUUGCAUUUGGCACUGCCUGAUCUUGCAAGGCAUCAAUACAAACAGCAUUCACUAUACACUGCUGAUGAUUGCAAAAUGAGCCUGAUUAUUGCUGACUGGGAGAAAGCUCAUUACAUAUGGUGGUGAUUUGUGGUAUCUUGCUGUUAUGUUAAUGGCCUUAUAUGUAUGUGGUAUAUAUAGCUGUAUAUUUGUACAAUUCCUUAUUAAAAAGUCAUUGUUUGGUAAAAGUUUACAAUAUGCUAAACAUUGUAUUGCAGUAUACAGUGUAAGGUGACAAAUUACACAAAUAGAUAGAUGUGUUUCAAUGGGGAUAUUUAAAAAUAUAUGAAGUAGUAACUUUUAACUGACAGGAACUUUAACAUGUCAUAUCAAUCUAGUAUUUUUAUUUUUUCCACUCCUACUCAAACUUUUUAUGUUUAGUGAAAGAUAACAUGACAGUUGUCACUGUGACAUUUCACAACUUAUUUUAAACAAGCAGUAGUAAAUAACCAUUGAGAGAGGCUGUAUAUGUUCUCUAUUUAAAGUAGUUAAAAGUUGACCCAACAGUACAUGUGUAUUAAGUGUAUGCACUGUCUCAAUGCAUAUAUUAUUACUUACUGUUUCCAAUGUAUUUAAAAAUGUAUGUCAAAUCUAUGUAAAUCUGUGUACAUUGUGAAUGCACUACCUAAGAUGAGAUUCUUCAGUUCUGAAAUGGAGACAUAACAUUUCAGAAACUAAUGAACCACAAAGAGGUCCCUGUGGAGUUCCUUCUUUUCUCUCCAGGCACUCCCACAACAUGGGAUUGUGUUAGAAAAUCUCCAGCAACUGGGACCACAUCCCAUUUUCUGGCAAUGGGAUCCUAUGCUCCUUCUGUUUCCGGGCACUUUUGCAGCUACAAGAAGGAAGAUGCGGUACAACAGGAUCCUGCUGAAGAGCAUAUCUUCAUGUAUACCUGACCCUGCCUUGGAUCUGGAAUAAAGCCUAUUCAGUUUGGAAGACCUUACAACUUUUCUGGAGCCCCAGACUUACUCUUUUGAGAGGCUGUUCCGGAGAAACCUGUAUGAAAACAAUUUUAUGGAUCAUCACUGCCUUACCAGUCUCAGUACAGCAUGGUGUUCAGCAUCAAAGGGAUUACCUGAGAUCUAGAGCAGUUAAGACUUCAUAAACAUCUGUUUUCAAGUCCCCAUGUAAGUGGCCUGUGGUACUUCCAUCAGUAGUACUUCAUGGCUGGAGGCUUCAGUGGAGGUUGAUGGGAAAUUCUGAGAUGAGUUCCCAUUAUCUUUCAGUAAGAAUGUAAGCAUGCAAUUUUAUUGAGCUCUUUCAAAGAUUUGUGUUGUUCAAACCACACUGUGCCUUAUGCACAAUUAGAAUUAGUCGGGGCUUUUUAAAUACACAGCCUGGAAGAGCUCAUCCUUAGCUUUACUCUGGUCUUAAUCAUUUAAAGCAGCAGCAUUAGACUCUUCCCAAGUAUGUACAGUUUAUAAGUUGUGUAGUGUGUGUAGCUAAAGCUUUUAAAAUGUAGAUGUUUGCGUUGUGGUUACGUUUUACAAGUUCACAGUCUGCUUGUAAACAUUUUAUGCUCUUAGAAAUGUGUAAGAACAAAGAAAAACUGUAUUUGAAUUAAAUAACUGUGAGAGUAGUAAAUAUGAAAUAAUUUCAACCAAAAAUGUUGAUAAGUGGUGCACUUAGAGAAGAAUAAAAAGCUAAACCAAGCUAAGCAUGAUAUAACUAUAUGAACUGCAGAUACAGGCUGGGUCAGCAGCUCUGUAGCUUUGUGAGAAUUAGAACUAGCGACAUUGUAUUGGCAUGGCUUGCCUACAUUUUCAGAUCUUACAGUGCUAUUUGGCUAUAUUUUCAGUGUGGAAGUUCUUCCCUGAAGUUGUGUCUUUGAAAACUAUGAGCUAAAAUAUUUGUAUACUUCUAAAUGUUUGUUCAUGAAGUGGUGGCACAUAGCAGCAUUCCUUCCUAUUGUAAAGCAGAAAGGCCUUAGCAGGACAACAGUUUGAGGAAACAUUGUGGCUGACCCCACACCAACUCUCAUGUCAAGGGUGUUACAUGAUUCUUACUAUUUAGUUGAAAAAAAUGAGUAUAUUUAGUAGCCAAAGUCCAAGAACACAAACAUAAGAGUAAGUUUUAACAUCGGUUUGUAGCUAAUUGACAGAGUUGAUGCAAGGUACAUGUAAUGCAAGCAACUUCACAGCUGGAGGCCAUGUCAGUACAAAAACCUUUCACUCUACUUUGAUUUCCUUCAUUUAUUUUGGAGCUGUGGGGAUAUUUUGUUAGUUCAUUACCCAGCUGUACUUGAAGCAGGGUAAUCAUGGGUUCACAUGUAACACUGAUGAUAUAAUUUACAAAGUACUUAUGACUGAAGAGGAAAAAAAA